AUGUACAGGCCAAGCAGCACUGCACAGGAGAGCUGUGAUGACGGGAGGCAGACAGAAGCAGCUGAAGGAUUAAAUGUCAUGUGUUGUGAUUUUUGGUCUUCCUUGUAUGGGGUCCAGAGCCCCUUGACUGCCACCCUCCUGAUGUCCAUUUUGGCAGCAGUGUUGGGUUCCCUCCAGACUGGCUACCAAACUGGUAAUGUCAAUGCUCCGGCAAAGAUCAUUGAGGAGUUUUUCAACAUGACCUGGAGGUCUCGCCAUAAUGACUCCAUGUCAGACCACAGCCUCACCUUUCUCUGGUCACUCACUGUCAGCAUCAAGGACUUUGGGGCCCUGCUUGGCUCCUUAGGGGUCAAGAUCUUGGCAGACACUUUUGGCAGACGGAACUCCAUCCUGAUAGUGAACGCAUUGUCUGUGCUGGGUGCCUGCCUCAUGUUCCUCUCCAAAGCCAGCGUAUCCUUCGAGAUUCUCAUCAUAGGCCGUUUGGUGUUUGGUCUGUUCUGUGGCCUGGUCAUGAGCCUCAACCCCCUCUACAUCCAGGAAGUGUCGCCCACGGAAUUGCGAGGUGCUUUUGCAACACUCAACCAGGUUUCGUUUGCCUCUGGCAUUUUCCUUGGAAUGGUGGCAGGCCUAGACAUGGUGCUGGGCACACAAAAGUACUGGGCCCUGAUGUUCUCGCUGUCGCUCAUCCCUGCCUUGCUGCAGUAUGCAGCCCUGCCCUUCUGUCCAGAGAGUCCCCGCUACCUUCUGAUCAACUGUGGCAAGGAGAACCAGGCAGAGGUUGCUCUUCGCAGGCUGAGAAGAAUUUCAGACAAGGUCCUUAAUGAACUUAAAGAAAUUAAAGAGGAAGCCUCGCACUCCCAGUCCAGGGUUACACUCCGGGAGUUUCUGAAGAAGCGAAGCUAUAGGCAGCCUAUAAUCAUUGUACUAAUCAUUAACAUGGGCAGUCAACUUUCUGGAUUCAAUGCAAUUAUAAAUUACUCCACCAAAAUGUUUUCCAAGUCAGGCUUUGAGGAAGCAAAGUAUCUUACUCUAGGGGUGGGGGCUGUUAAUGUGACAUUCACUCUCGUUGCGUUCUUUUUAGUGGAAAGAGCAGGUCGCAGGAAGCUGCUGCUCUCUGGUUUCCUGUCUUUAGCAGCCUGCAACCUGCUGAUGACCGUAACUGAUUCCUUUUUGCAUAUUGUUCCAGACCUCCGCAGUCUCCAGGUUCUUGUGGUGUUCUUCCUAAUCUCAGCGUACGAGGUGGGCCCAGGUCCAAUCUCAUGGUUCAUUGGUGCUGAGCUGUUUGACCAGCCUGCUCGGCCAAUCGCCAUGGCGUUCACUAGCAUGCUCAACUGGGGUGGCAAGUUCCUUCUGGCUCUACUCUUCCCGCCGCUGCUGAAAGUGUGCGGCGCCUAUGUCUACCUCGUCUUUGUUGCGGUGGCUUUGCUGGCCUUCAGCUACACACUUUUACGCCUCCCCGAGACCAAGGGGCGGACUUUCGAUGACAUUGCUGCUGAGUUUCGAGGAGCUGAGGGAAUUCCCUUGUACAACAAGUCAGACUUUAACACAUUUACCUGA